GAUAGAUUAGAUUUAGAAUUUAUUAACAUAAGAAAAAACGUAGACGUCUAGAUCAGGAUUUUAUUGAUCUAGUAGAAUCUAGAUCUAGUCUAGUCUACGAGAUUCUAAUGUAGACUAGAAAUCUAAUACAAACAAAACUUUUAUUUUUUAAGGUCACCGGAAGUGUAUUCGAGGCCGAACUAAGGUUAAUAAGGGUUUCGUGUUGAUAGGAAUACUAAUAGUGAUUAUAAAUUCCUAUCAUCAACAAAGAUUCUGGAGUAAAGAGAAGGCUGAACCAUGCUGCGACUGUGGCCUUUACGCCAAGUUGCUAAAGUUCAGAAUGUUUUAGGAGGAUUAACACAAAUAGCUACUAAAUCAACACAGCCAGCCCCUGCUCCAGAACUGGUUGAAGUAUUUAUUGAUGAUAAGCAAGUAUUUGUAGAACCAGGCACAACAGUUUUGCAGGCAUGUGCUGUGGCAGGCGUGGAAAUACCAAGAUUCUGUUAUCAUGACAGGCUCUCAAUUGCUGGCAACUGUCGAAUGUGUCUUGUUGAAGUAGAAAGGUCACCUAAACCUGUGGCAUCAUGUGCUAUGCCAGUGAUGAAAGGAAUGAAAGUUAAGACAGAUUCUCCAAUGACUCGUAAAGCAAGGGAAGGUGUCAUGGAGUUUUUAUUGAUGAAUCAUCCUUUAGACUGUCCUAUUUGUGAUCAGGGAGGUGAAUGUGACCUGCAGGACCAGUCCAUGGCCUUUGGUAGUGAUAGAAGUAGGUUCACAGAUAAUGCCUUCACAGGAAAACGUGCAGUAGAAGAUAAAAAUAUUGGCCCUCUCAUCAAAACCAUCAUGACUAGAUGCAUUCAGUGUACCAGGUGUAUAAGAUUUGCGAGUGAAAUAGCUGGUGUGGAUGAUCUGGGUACCAGUGGUAGAGGGACGGACAUGCAGGUUGGAACCUAUGUGGAGAAAAUGUUUAAAUCAGAGCUUUCUGGCAAUGUGAUUGACUUGUGUCCUGUAGGAGCUUUAACCUCGAAACCAUAUGCUUUCACUGCAAGACCAUGGGAGAUCAGGAAGGUAGAGAGCAUUGAUGUGAUGGAUGCUGUGGGAAGCAAUAUUGUUGUGGGCAUGAGAACUAAUGAAGUCAUGAGAGUACUGCCCAGAGUUAAUGAGGAUAUCAACGAAGAGUGGAUUUCAGACAAAACAAGAUUUGCUUAUGAUGGACUUAAACGCCAAAGGUUAACAACACCAUUUAUAAAUGUCGAUGGUCAGUUAGUACCAACAGACUGGGAGACUGCAUUUGUCAAAGUAGCAGAGAAGGUCAAGAAAGUGGAUCCCAAGUUAAUAGCUGGAGUAGCUGGGAGCACUGCUGAUGCUGAGGCCAUGGUUUGCUUGAAGGACAUGAUCAACCGUCUUGGAGGAGAGCUGCUCUGUACUGAAGACUCAUUCCCCUUGAAUCGCUCUGGCAUCGACUUCAGGUCUAAUUACAUCUUCAACACAACAAUAGGAGGCAUAGAACAGGCUGAUGUAGUUUUGCUGAUAGGCACAAAUCCAAGAUUAGAGGCGCCUUUGAUCAAUGCUCGUAUCAGGAAAACAUGGAUACACAGUGAAGUUUGUGUUGGGGUUCUUGGAGCUCCAGUCGACCUUUCUUAUGAAUAUCAAUAUCUUGGUGACAGUUUCAUAGUUUUGAAAGAUCUGGCUGCAGGCACUCACCCAAUGUGCAAAGCAUUGGCCAGUGCUAACAAACCAAUGAUUAUCUUGGGGACAGACUGCCUUCAGGGAACAGAGAAUGGAGUAAUUUAUAAUGCAGUAAAGGAUAUAGCAGAACGACUCAGGAAGAAUCUGAAACAUAAAGAUUGGAAAAUUUUCAAUUUAUUACAGAAGAAUGCUUCUCAAGUUGGUGCUCUGGACCUUGGUUAUCAGCCUGGUGUCUCAGGUUUAAAAGCACUCCAAGCUGAGCUGAUUUUCUUGUUGGGAGCAGACGCUGGCACUGUGUCCAAAGACAAGAUAAAUCCAUCUUCUUCUGUUAUUUAUAUUGGACAUCAUGGAGACUAUGGGGCUCAGAUAGCUGAUGUUGUUUUGCCUGCCGCAGCUUACACUGAAAAAGAUGCCAUCUAUGUGAACACAGAAGGAAGAGUCCAACUUGCCCGCCAAGCUGUGAACCCACCAGGCAUGGCAAGACAUGACUGGAAAAUUAUUCGAGCCUUAUCUGAGAUCUUAGGUGUUGCUUUGCCAUAUGACAAAUUGGCUGAUGUGCGUGCCAGGCUAGGUGAGAUUUCUCCAACAUUUGAUCAGCCAGGGCAAGUUAAUGAAUCUGGCUUUGAGGCUCAAGCUUACCAACUCCAAACAGAAAUCAAGGACCCUAUUGUCAACGUUAACACAGCCAUUUCCCCAACCAUGCUGAAACUGAAAGACUUCUACAUGACUGAUCCCAUUUCCAGAGCCUCCCUGACAAUGGCUAAGUGUAUCCAGGCAUGUAAGGAGUCAGAGAAGAACCCAUACUCAAAGCAAGAGGCCAAGGCCUAACUUUUCUGUUGUGUGUAGCAUUCUAGGAUAUUUCAAUAUUUAAUGUGGAGACACCCUGCAGGAAAUGACCAUUUCUUCAAAUUGUUUUAACAAUUCAGUCCACAAAAAGCAGCCAUUGUGAUCCCUUCAUUUCUAUUAUCACCAGGAGAGACCAAUAACAAAGUGAAUGGACAGCAGAAGUUUCUCAGUUUUUCUCUUUCUACUUUAAAAGGAAGUAAUUGUUUAUGUUAAGUUUUUAACUUAUUUCUGGGUUUAAAUGCUUAUACAAGUAUUUGUUGACAGCAGCUGUAUGUUUCUUGAUUUUACAUGCAUAUUAACAUUGUCUAAGACUUAGGUAGGACACAACUGUGACUAACAUUUGUAUACAGACACUGACUGGAAAUGUAUGCAGAAAGAUCACCAACAUGCAGUUCUAAAUGUGUUUUUAGGCUUGCUAACUCUAUAUAUUUAGAUGAAUGAACAGUGUUUGUUAAUUGUAUAACAUGUGAAAUAAUGGGACAGCGAUGUCCUGUUUUGUAAAUAUUGUUUAGCUAUAGGUCAGUGCACUCUGUUGAGUCUGCUGGGUUUUCGAUAACCAAAAUAAAGAGAGAAUUUAAAAUA